UUUUCUUUACUUAUCAAUAAUUUUCUUUUACGUAAUAAAUAAAAAAUGAGAGCCAAUUUGGCGUUCAUACUAUUUAUGCGUGAUUGAGAUUUCUAUAAUUUUUCAAUUAGGGUUUCGAUUAAAAUUAUAACUUGAAAGAAGGAGAAGAAGACGAGAGGUUGACGCUAAGAAAGAACCAAAACACAACCAAAGUUUCUUCCAUCUCUUCGCUGAAAAUUGUCGCUGGUAGUUGUGGGAGACACCAUCGCUUCAGUAUGUAGGAAUGGAAAUGCUGUAUUUGGAGAAUGUAAAUUUAGCUGAAACAACUGAUGCUGCUUUUUGGUUGCGCAAAGAGGCUUGUAAAGAGAUUGCCAAUAUCUUGUCAGGAUGAACAGCGCCAUGUCAGCGCCGAGGUCAAUGUUGCUAUGUCACAGAGAUUUUUACUGUCGUUCAAAGGUGGGCGUUCCACAAAAUCUCUACCAUUCUUCUCUUUCUGUUGCAAGUUAUACUCAAGUAGAAGUUGCAAUGAGGUGUUAUCAAAUGGUGUUGCAAGAAGGAAAAAAGAGAUAGACUUUGAGCAUUUAUUCAAAUCCUGUACCAAAAUCUACAUUUUGAAGUGCCUUCAUGCCCUUCUCGUUGUGUCAGGGAAGGCUCAGAGUAUCUUUAUCGGCACUAGACUUGGGAAUCUUUAUGCUCACUUGGGUGAUGUUUCUUUGUCUCUGAAGACUUUCUGCGUGAUAGAGAAUAAAGAUGCUUAUAUCUGGAAUUCCAUGAUAUCAUCUUAUGUUCGUAAUGGCAAUUUCCGUGAAUCUCUGAAUUGUUUGAAUGAAAUGUUGUCCACGGCUGAUGUUAAGCCUGACUUUUACACUUUCCCUCCAGUGUUGAAAGCUUGCGGUAAUAUACUUGAUGGUGCAAGAAUACAUUGCUGGGCUUCGAAACUUGGCUUAGAGUGGGAUGUGUUUGUAGCUGCCUCCUUGGUGCAUAUGUAUUGCCGUUUCCAAUCAUCUACUUUUGCCUUUAAAAUUUUUAAGAAUAUGCCUUUUCGGGAUAUGGGUUGUUGGAAUGCUAUGAUAUCUGGAUUUUGUCAGAAUGGAAAUGCUAUAGAGGCAUUGAGCCUGUUGAAUGAGAUGAGAUUAGAGGGUAUAAAAAUGGAUUCGGUGACUAUCGCAACAGUACUUCCUAUAUGUGCGCAGCUUGAUGAUAUUGUGCACGGGAUGUUAAUUCACUUGUAUGUUAUAAAGCAUGGCCUAGAAUUAGAUGUCUUUGUAUCGAAUGCCUUAAUAAACAUGUACGCCAGAUUUGGUGAGUUAAGACAUGCACAAAAAGUAUUUGAUGAUAUGAUAGUAAGAGAUUUAAUAUCAUGGAACUCUUUAAUUGCUGCAUAUGAGCAAAAUAAUGUACCUGAAAAGGCACUGAAAUACUUUCAUGAGAUGAUGGUAAAUGAGAUUCAGCCUGACUUGUUGACGAUAGUGAGUUUAGCUUCUAGUACAGCUCAGACCAAAAGUUUCCAUUGCUGCAGAUCAAUUCAUGGAUUUAUAUUGAGGAGAUGUUGGAUUCAGGAGGACGUUAUUGUGUGUAAUGCUGUUGUGGAUAUGUAUGCAAAAUUGGGUUUUAUUCAUUGUAGUCGUAAGGUUUUUGACGAGAUGCUGGUUAAGGAUGUGGUGUCCUGGAACUCAAUGAUCUCAGGUUAUGCUCAAAAUGGUCUUGCAAGUGAGGCUAUUGAACUUUACAACAUGAUGAAAAAAUGUGAUGACGUAGCACCAAACCAAGGAACUUGGGUUAGCAUUUUGCCAGCUUAUGCUCAUCUAGGUGCGUUGCGAGAAGGAAUGAGGACUCAUGGGCAUGUUUUCAGAGUAGCUCUUAAUUUGGACGUCUUUGUUGGUACCUCCCUCAUUGACCUUUAUGGUAAAUGUGGAAGACUGGAUGAUGCCAUGUCUUUGUUUUACGAGGUGCCUAGGAUGAUUACAGUCCCUUGGAAUGCCAUAAUAUCAUGUCAUGGUAUUCAUGGAAAUGGCAGGGUUUCUCUGAAACUAUUCAAUGAUAUGCUGGGUGAAGGUGUUAAACCAGAUCAUGUAACAUUUUUAUCUCUAUUGUCAGCUUGUAGCCAUUCAGGAUUAGUUGAUGAGGGUAAAAGAUACUUUCAUAUGAUGGAGCAAGAGUUUGGCAUCAAACCUGUUCUAAAGCACUAUGGUUGCAUUGUUGAUAUGUUUGCUAGGGCUGGGCGCCUAGAAACAGCAUACCGUUUUAUAAAAAGCAUGCCUUUGCAGCCUGAUGCUUCAGUUUGGGGUGCUCUUCUAGGUGCAUGUCGAAUACAUGGAAAUGUUGAGUUGGGUAAAUUGGCUUCAGAUAAUUUGUUUGAAGUUGACCCGGAGAAUGUUGGGUACUAUGUCGUGUUGUCUAACAUCUAUGCUAAUUAUGGGAAAUGGGAGGGGGUGAAUGAAGUGAGAUCAUUGGCUAGAGACAGGGGGUUGAAGAAGACUCCUGGAUGGAGCUCAAUUGAAAUGAACAAUAAGAUUGAAGUCUUUUACACAGGAAAUCAAUCUCAUCCGCAGUGCCAUGAGAUAUACGAGGAAUUAAGUAUUUUAACUGCUAAGAUGAAGACCCUAGGUUAUACUCCAGACUAUACUUUUGUAUUACAAGAUGUUAUGGAUGACGAAAAGGAACAAAUCCUUACCAGUCAUAGUGAGAGAUUGGCUAUUGCUUAUGGAAUUCUUAACACUCCUCAUAGAAGUCCUUUACGGAUCUAUAAAAACUUGCGGGUUUGUGGAGACUGCCACAAUGUGACUAAACUUAUUUCUAAGAUAACAGAGAGAGAGAUUAUUGUGAGGGACUCUAAUCGCUUUCAUCACUUCAAGGAUGGUGUUUGUUCAUGUGGGGAUUACUGGUAACAUGUGCCCAUAAUUCUGGACAGAAAUUUUGACCUUUAAGGUUGAUAUCGUUAUGGUAUAGGUGCUGCAGGAAAUUUAUUUGUUCUUCUCAAGCUGCUGUCCUGUCCUGUGAAUGUCUGUAAUGGAACAGAGAUUUUAUGAAGGCAAUUCUUUCGUUCUUUUAAAUAUUUACUUUUCUCUAGUGGGUGUAUUUGCAUAACUGUCAUUUGAUACAAUUAAAGUUAGAAAUUUUAGACUCUUUUAAAUCACCCUAACAAAUUCUCUCUUCGAAACAAGAGUACGUAUCUAUUUUUUGACAUUUCUAAGUAAACUAAGUUUUCUAAAAUUAAUUGAUAUGCUUGUCUACUGUGAGGCAGUACCUUUUAAGAAUUUGUCUGCCUGAGAAAUGUGGGGCAUAUUAAAAAAGAAAAUCAGGAAAUGGAGCUUUCACUCGUAUCAUUACUUUCUAUAUUUCCUAUUGCAGACUGGACAGAUUCAUGUACUGUAUAUCCGUCCCUUGUUUGUGCUGGUCCUGCUGACCAACUCAAACACUAUUUAUGCUUCAAUUCACCAGCUCUGCAGAAGAGAAUACUAUUGAAUUUGCUGAUGCUAACUCAUGCACUUGAGUUGCGCCUUUUGAUCUCCUCUUCCUUGACUUCUCUGCUUCCACAACUGCUGGCACAAAAUCGGAGUUCUGCAGUCUGUUGUAGGCUAUAUUGGUUGAAGAAUUGUUGCUAGGGGAACCACUGAUAUUGCACUGCGAUGAAGGCACAUGGUUAAUUUCGCGAGUAAAAUGCUUAAUGGGAUAAAUCUUUUGAAUUGUUCGAAGAAAGCGAAGGCUGGUACACAUGGGUAGAGCGUGGUCGGAGAUUUACAAGCAGAAUUACAAUAGACGAAGAUAAUCUCAGAUGGGUAUGUGAACAAUUACAACAAGCUUCACGGGGAUAUGGGAACCUUUACAGGAGAUGGGGAAGGAAGAUUCAGACUUACCUUUACAGGGUUUAUCAGAACUAUAACAGUUAUGGCAGAUACAUCAGAAUUGAAACAAGAAUGGGGGCUGGAAAAGCAGCAAUCAUAGUACCAGAGGCAGUUUACAACAGGGGAUGGGGGGACAUAGCAGGGAAAAUUUUACAGUUCCUGGGGGAAGCUUCAAACAACAAAUACAGGACAAUCUCUGACUUGCAAAACAAGUCCUUUCUAACUGCUACUGCAAUGUCAUAAUGGCCAAAGCUACAGGAUGAGCGAAAUGUGAAGGCCCCCAAUGAAGUCACAGAUGAGAAUCUCCAUUUUCUUUCGAAGUGCUUGGUCGGAUGCUUCAAUGACCCUUUCAACAAAAGCCCCAACACUGAAGUCAUCCAAAAAUGGUUCGUCACCAGAUGGCAGGUAACGGCAGGCCUCAGAGUCACACCCAUGACGCACAAUAAAUUUCUCUUUGAGUUUCCAUCAAAACAAGAGGCUGCUAGAGUGAAGGCCGGUGACUGGUUUUGGAAUGGCCGUCAUCUUUCCCUCGAUUGGUGGUCGCCAGUAACUGGAACCUCUUCGGUGAGUAAAGAGGUCAACCAAAGAUGGGUGAAAGUUUUUGGAAUUCCAUUGCAUGGCUGGACAAUGAGCUCCUUUCAAUACAUCGGAGAUCUAUGUGGUGGGUUUGUCUGCAUAGAUGAAGACACAAAGAAUAGAUCUCAUCUUUUUUGGGCUAGAAUCUGUGUAAAAAGAGGAGAUUUGGAUCCCCCAAGAGAAGCAGACCGGUACUUGGCGAUUUGAGAUAUAAAAUCUCAAUCUUGGAGGAUCAGGUAGCCAAACUAAUCACCUUUACCGGCGACGUUGCUACUGUCAAAGGAAGAAAGGAGGAAGUUGCAGACAUGGCUUCCUCGAGUCAAGCGAAGGAGUCUAUGUAUUAUCUAGUGGUCCAAGUCAAAGAACCCAGCGGUCACAUUAACUUUAAUUCAAAUCUGAUUAAAGUAGCCCCUAUAAAAGUGGUUCCACCACGUCAUCAGAAGCUUAACCCUAACCCUACCAGAAGACAAGGCAAAAAGGCUGUUAAUAAUUCGGGCCUUAAAUUGGACCGUUCGUAUUAUUCUAAGGGGCCCAAGCCCAAGCUGAAUAAAAGGGGGAAAGCCACAAGACAAGAAUGGUUGGCUAUCGGGCCAAUUCUGGACCCAUGCACAUGUAAAAAUAGCCCUAUUAGACUUGAAAAUUACUUCGAUCCUCUUUCAGUCGAGAUUGCAAAUACAGAAGGCUCUAGAAAAAAGCAACAGUCUAUGGGAAUUGCAUGUGAUAUUUCAUCGGAAGCAGAUGAUGAAGCAUAGCCGAUGACCAUGAUCAUUCCAAGACCUCCUCGGAUUAAAGACUUCGAAACAGUAAGUAGCUCUGAUGUAGAGUUCUCCUCCUGUGAUACUCUUCUUCUUCCUUGGUCUGGAACGGGGUCUUCUUCAUUGGUUCCAUCUAAUGAUAUCAACACCCCUGCUGUUAUUGAGACAUCAAGAUGGACAAAAUCUGUGUUGCUAAAGGCAUGCAAAGCUUUUGGGAUAAAUGCUGCUGGGUUCGAACAUGAGAUCCUUGGCAUGGUUCUUCAAAUGGAACAGAGAAGACAAGAACAAAUUCAAAAACAAGAACUUGCAAUCAAGGCCAGUAAAAAGGGGAAGAAAAAACAAACUUUAGAACUGGAAAGAUUGAAGUGGGGGAUGAAUUCAGAUGGUAAGAAGUCGGGGGACAGGGACAGGACUUGCAAAGCAUUUUCUGGAUGAAGAUCAAAUCCUUAGUUGGAAUGUGCAGGCCUCAAUGAGGCAGAUAAGAGGACUACAAUCAAAUCUUUAGUUCAAAAAUGGAGAGCGGAUGUAGUGUGUCUACAAGAAACAAAAGUGGAAGAAUGGUCACCCGUUUGGAUAAGACAAAUAUGGGGGGAACAUAUGGGUUGAAUGGGUAGAGCUGAAAUCAAAAGGGAGGAGUGGUGGUAUUCUAGUGCUAUGGGAUAAAAGAUACUGGGCAAACAAAGGGGUUCAUCAGGGGCUAUACACUAUCUCUUGUAUGUUUGAAAGUACACAAGAGCAUUUUAGGUGGUGUUUUACAGGGGUAUAUGGGCCUCACACGAACCCAGAGAGGGAGGUUUUCUGGCAUGAAUUGGCAGCCAUCAGGGGCAUAUGGGAUGAGCAAUGGGUGAUAGGGGGUGAUUUCAUUGUGUGCAAAUAUGAGAGUGAAAGAUACAAUUGUGUUAGGAGGUCAAGGGCUAUGAGAUCGUUCACAACCACAAUACAGGACUUGGAUAUCAUAGAUUUGCCUCUCUUGGGGGCUUACUAUACAUGGUUCAGGGGGGCAGAGUCUAUGCAAGCAUCCAGAAUAGACAGGUUCCUAAUUUCCCAUGAAUGGGAUGAGAAUUUUAAUGCAAUUAAACAACUAGCUCUGCCAAGAGUAGUCUCUGACCACAGGCCUUUACUUCUGGAGUGUGGGAAUUGGGAAGCAAACCCCUCCUAUUUUAAGUUUGAAAACAUGUGGCUUCAAGUAGAAGGUUUUACAGAUAACAUCAAAAGUUGGUGGCAAAGUUACUCAAUUGGAGGCAGUCCGGAUUUCAUCCUAAUGCAAAAACUGAGAAGAUUAAAGGACAUCACAGAGUGGAACAGGGAGACCUUUAGUAAACUGGCAGCUCAACAAAAUAAGCUACUUGAAGACCUAACAUUACUGGAGCAAAUAGCUGCAAACAGGGCUAUUACUUGGGCUGAAAAAGAGAAAUCUCUACAGCUGAAACUUAUUUCUAAGAUAACAGAGAGAGAGAGAGAGAGAGAGAGAGAGAGAGAGAGAGAGAGAGAGAUUAUUGUGAGGGACUCUAAUCGCUUUCAUCACUUCAAGGAUGGUGUUUGUUCAUGUGGGGAUUACUGGUAACAUGUGCCCAUAGUUCUAGACAGAAAUUUUGACCUUUAAGGUUGAUAUCGUUAUGGUAUAGGUGCUGCAGGAAAUUUAUUUGUUCUUCUCACGCUGUUGUACUGUCCUGUGAAUGAUGAAUCCCGAACUCUAUAAUGGAACAGAGAUUUUUAUGAA